GGAGGUGCCGGGGGAGGAGGCUGCCUUGGGGGCCGGCUUGGAGUGGGAUUCGACCCGCGGCGCUGACCGAGUGCUGGACCGACGGCUGUCGGGCACCCGGGUCUGCGCGCACUGCUGCUCCGGGUCGCCCCGGCCGAGGCGCUGGCCACGGUAGACCUCAGGGAGGGCUCGGGCUGCCGGGCCGGGCGCCAUGUCCAUGGAGGACCCCUUCUUUGUAGUGAAAGGAGAGGUACAGAAAGCAGUCAAUACUGCCCAAGGAUUGUUUCAGAGAUGGACAGAGCUCCUUCAAGGCCCCUCUGCAGCAACGAGGGAAGAAAUUGACUGGACUACCAACGAGCUGAGGAACAACCUCCGCAGCAUAGAGUGGGAUCUGGAGGACCUCGAUGAAACCAUCAGCAUAGUUGAAGCAAAUCCUAGAAAAUUCAACCUGGAUGCAACUGAAUUGAGCAUAAGAAAAGCCUUCAUCACGAGUACUCGGCAAAUUGUCAGGGACAUGAAGGAUCAGAUGUCAGCUUCAUCUGUGCAGGCACUGGCUGAAAGGAAAAACAGACAGGCACUCCUAGGAGAUAGCAGCAGCCAGAAUUGGAAUACUGGAGUGACAGAUCGAUACGGGCGCCUUGAUCGGGAGCUGCAGCUAGCCAACUCCCACUUCAUUGAAGAGCAGCAGGCACAGCAACAGUUGAUUUUGGAACAGCAGGAUGAGCAGUUGGAGCUGGUCUCUGGCAGCAUCGGGGUGCUGAAGAACAUGUCCCAGCGCAUCGGAGGGGAGCUGGAGGAACAGGCAGUCAUGCUGGAUGAUUUCUCUCAUGAGUUGGAGAGCACUCAGUCUCGACUGGACAACGUGAUGAAGAAACUUGCAAAAGUGUCUCACAUGACCAGUGAUCGGCGCCAGUGGUGUGCCAUAGCCAUCCUCUUCGCAGUCCUGGUGGUCGUGCUGAUCCUCUUCCUAGUGCUGUGACGGUGGCCUGCCUGCCUCAGGCGCUUCUGCACGAGGACCCAGGGGAGAGGAGAAGCAAGCACUCCGCCACUUACAUUCCUCUCCCAGAAACACACCUCUGCCCUGCUUCCUCUGUGACUCCAGCAUUGAGACAGCCCUCUCUCCCAGCGCUCAAAGGGCGAGCUUAGAAGAGGAAAGAGGUGACCACAUGCCCGGCUGGAUAGCAGAAGCCCUGGCUGCCCAUUCUUCCUGAGGACAGCAAGCCAUUGCUUUGCCUUAUUGGACCUCGCUCCUUGAGGAAGGAAGGACUCGGAGUCAUCAGAAGAACUAACAGCCCUACUUAUUAUGUUGCUCGUUCUGCUGGUCUCUGGCAGCCUUUCCUUCUGCUCAGACCCUUUCCCUGCUUAGAUGGGUGCCACUCUCCCUUCAGAAGAAGCCUGGCAAGAAUGAGGGCAUCUAAGGAUGUACGUUUCCCAUUGCUGUUAUGUUUCUUAGCCCCUGAGAGCUGGCUGUUGCUGAGGGCAGAAGGCUCAGAAACACUUUGUGACAGAAAUGCAGUGUUUCAUUUUGCUGGGUAAGAGCUGAGAUUAAAUUGCUUUUCCAGGUGUGUUGUGGCAGGGAUAAGCAACAGGAAAUAGUGAACCCUGGGGGAUGAGGGUGCAGAUGACAGAAGGCUUUAAUGGACUGGGCUAGUUAAGAACAGCAGCACCUGCGUUGGUCUAGCCUAUUAAAGGACUGGUGAUAUCUCCUGAGCCUGGCCAGAGCUGCCGACCUGGUCUGUCCCAGGGCUGUCCCCCAGAGGUGCAGCUUGCAUAUGUAGAGCCCCUCAUACAGUGUGGAACAGCACAGCAGUGCUCAGCCGGGUGGGACACACCUUCUCUGAUGGCACUCAGAGCCGAGGUAAAAGGGUCAGCACAUCUAUUACAUUUAUGCAGAAACUCUCCUGACACAGAAAGGGUGGCUCUGAACUGGAGGUCCCUUACUCUGAGUAAUGGCAUGGAUGGGUAAGAGAACUUCAUACUUUGUUCUCUAAGAUGACAGCUUGACUCCAUCACCCAUUGGAGUCACUGAGAAAGUCCCAAGUCCCUGACAGAUGGUUUAUUGGGUUGAAGUGGCUGAAACUUCUGGAUACUACACUUCAGGCUUUGGGUGACUGUUUCCAUGUCUCAGAUGUGCAUAUAAAUGUGGGAUUUCUUAUAAUGUCCCAAAUGUAUAACCUGGCAUUAAGGUAGCUGUCAGGGCCAGAGCCAGCCUUUCACACUGGAAGCUGCCGCUCAGUCAUCUUCUGUGCUGGGAAGAGCAGCAUCUGGACAGUUUGAUCUUUGACCUCUCUUGCUUUGCCUUUCUGUGUAUUCCUUAGCAUGCCAACUUUAAAAAAAAAAAAAAAUCCUGGGUUCUUCAUAUUCCUUGGGAUUUUUGACUUUUGGGCCCCUUUUUUGUUUUGUUUUAUUAUUCCCAAUGAUGUGCUUGCCCAGCUGACUUUUAAAUUGCACUUUUAAAUAAAUAUUUGUAACAAUUUUUAAAAGAAGGAUAUUUUAUCUUGUUUAGGAUCAUGAUAGGUAAGGAAAUCUACCUGUUGGUAAAAACUAAAAGAUUAGUAAAACCAAAAUGUGGUCAGCACCGCAUCUAUGUGCAGCUCUGGUGUUUGAUACAGCAAUGUUAUUUGUUUUCGAAUGAGGAGAAAAUGUGAAUUUUACAAAGGGCUUCAAUGUAGGGUUCUGGGUUAUUUUUGUUUCAUGAAACUUUAAAGUUUUGAAUAGUCUUCUGUGAACGUAGACCACAGAUAGUCCUCAGAUUUGCAUUAAAGUAUAGAAGCCUUUUGUUAAAAAUCAAUGUGGGCCUUGUCUGAGUCCUGUUACCCACACUCCACAUUACAAAGCCGAGAACAGUCUAAGAAUUAAAAUCACCCUACUUAAAGCCGUGUUCUCCACUGGUAGAGGAGAGUCAGUCAGACUCAGUCAGAAAGCAGUCCUUUAGUCAGAGUCCCACAUCAGGUCAGGGAUGAAGUCUUGUGACUCUGGCUUUAAUUUUGUUGGAUCUAUUUUGAGUUCAUAUGGUGAUCUCACUGAUUGAAGGUAUUGGCUGAACAGUGUUGUAGACCCGAAAACAGGCUGGAACUGAGUGCAGAAUGUCAGGGAGAAAGUAACUUCUCAUGCAGGUGCUCCGUCCUGGGCCACGCAUUCCUGCAGCAGGAUAGUCCAGGCCAGCCUGGUGUGCCCUGCCUGAGCAGUCACUGCAGAGCCAGGGCAAAGAGAACAAGGACACACCUCUCUUCCAUAGUGACCCAGAGAGCUGACGGUCCUUCCACCAUAUGUCCUAGAAUAGAAAAGGGACAUGGGGAUGGCCCACGCAGCUUAGGAGUGUCUCUUACAGAUGUGCUCCCCCAGCCCCCACCCUGCCUCUGCACUUGGUUUCACACCCACCACAUUAAGGAACUGGUGGAAUAUAUAUGCUGGUUAACAGAAAGAGCUCAGUGUACUUACUGGAAGAACACUUUACCUAGUCGACCAGGGGUGAGACGGAGGACGGUCCACUGAGAGCAUCUGUCAGAGUGCAGCUCCCAAAAUACCUUUGGUUCUCAGCCCUCAGUUUGGAUCUUGUCUUUGUUUGGGCUGGGAAAUCACAAUGCUAUGCCUGCCCUGGACUGUGAGGCAAAUGGAAUUGUCGUGUAUGCCUGAGCACGCAUGUUGUGUUUUCCUCAAUUCAGAAUUCAUGCUAAGGCUGAACAGGGAACUUUGGCAACUUGCCCAUUAUUCUCUGCUUUUAGCCAGAGUUAAACAGACUGAUGGGUCUGGUAGCCAGCAACUUGGCAAGUUCCAUGCCUUCUCACCUCGUGCGGGUAAGGGCUGUGAAGAGAAAGCCAGUCUGAUUCCAACAGAAAUCUGUCUCUGUUAAGUGUUUUACCUUCUGUAAAGAAAGGAGGUGGAGCCAGAAUUUUUCUUUUGGUAAUUUCUCUGCCCACAGAGUGAGGCCAGAGGGGCAUUCACAGUGUCUGCAGGCCCAGAGCGCAAGGGAGGGCGAGUGGAGUUCACCUCUGUGAAUGUGUGCGGUUUGCCUUCACCUUGUGCUACAAAGUGAAUUUGUAACCGAAACAGAAAUGGACUGUCUGGAAAGCAAGUUAUAAAUGUGGGCGCAGCAGCUGUCCCUUCCUCUGCCUACCUCUGAAUGCAUAGCCUCCCUCUGACUACAUAGCCUCUCUCUGACUGCAUAGCCUCCCUCCCAAAUUGGUAAGAACGAUGGGCUUCUGUCUAUCUUUUAAAAGUGUACUUCGUCCAUCUAGAGAAGAGAGACCGUAAAAUUGGAGUUUGCAAAUCUAUCAGCCCCUUACUGUGCACCCCAGUCAAUUCCUGAAGAGAAGACUCCCCAACCAGAGGCCUUAGUGGGCCCCUGGAGACUCACUUCUGGGAGGUAAAAUGGGAGGUGGUCUGUCUUAAAUGUCCAGUUGUCCUUACUCAACUCCCAACCUUCAAAAAAACAUCUUACCCUGAAAAUGGCCUUUCUCUUAAGAGAAAGCAUGGGGAACUGGGAAGCUGGGAAAACCUGCUGCCAAACCAGAUGACCUGAUUGUGAUUCCCCAGAACCCACGUGGUGGAAGAGGAGACCCAACGCCCACAAGUUGUCCUCUCCUCCACAUCCAUGCUAUAUUGCGGGUGCAUGCAAGUAUAUAAAUGUCCAUUUUUUAAAAGAAAGGAUGGCGUUGGCCCGUUGUGCAUGAACGUAGGUGCCUGUCACUGGUUCCUUACUAAUGCUCACUGGGCCGCUUUACUGUCUGGUUUCGAAUCCAGAAAAGCAUGAGUUUGGAGUGGAACAGCUCCUAUGACCUGAGCAGCAGGACUGUGACCCAGGGGAGGAGACAAGGGGCCAGGUGCCGUCCCUUGUAGAAGAAGAAUAGACCUUGCAGGCAGGAUUUAGCCAUCGGGAGCCCAUAUACUUUUAGGACAAGUCAAGGCACUGGAAGCUGGCCUUAGUAACAGAACAGAGUGACGCUAACUUGUACUCAGCUCCUCAGUGUGGUGUGUUUUGCCUGCGGACAAACACUGAGGCUCUGAAUGCUGCCUGUUCAGGUGGCUGCUGACUGGCUGCAUUUGGAAAUUCUCCAUAUGUUACAGCUUCUGCCAAGUCAGCUGUCAGGGCAGGGUGAGAAAGAAAAGAACACGCAUGUGUGUGUGUGUGUGUGUGUGUGUGUGUGUGCGCGUGUGUGUGUGUCCCUGCCAUCAGCUAACAUGUUGGUGCUAUUUUUCUUCUGAUGUGACCUUAAUCCAGAAAUGCUCUUCUCCUAGCUGAGCACACUGGCUGCUCAGGCAAUGCCUGCCCCGCUGCUGGGGUUUCACAUGAACAUUUCAUGGACAUGGUUUGCCAACUGCAGCCAGAGCUUUAUGAGGAAGUGUAUUUUACAGUUUGUUUUCUUACGGUUAAGAAUUUUCUACCGAAAGCCCCACUUGGUGCUCAGGGACUGUUAGGAAUAAGACCACCCGUCAUCACUGUUUGCUGAGCAGAUAUCUGAGCCCUGCCCUGCUCCGUCUGGGCUUUCCUGAGCCCUGGGUGGGACCAAGAUCAAGCUUUUCAUGCCAUCUCAGCAGAAUGUAGAUUCAGCUGGGAUCCAUUUGUGAACAGCGAGUAGGACCCGGAAGCUGAGCUCUGUCUCGAGAGAAGGAUGUGUUUUCGAAAGGAAAGCAGAGUGUCUGUGGCCUGGUUGUCAGAGGGCAGGGCAGCUAGCUACCCACUGACGAAGCUUUGGAAUUGCUCUUUUGUUUUGUUCUGCUUUCUUCUGUUUUUGAACCCAGGACCCUGUACGUACAGCACACUGAGUACCACUAAGCCACACUCCAGCUUUGGCAAGUGCUUUCAGCUAGCUCUCUAUGGCCUUUUCCUGACUGGCCCAGGCUGGGCCUAACCCUCAGCAUGCUAGCAGAUAUGAGAGCCAUCUAGGAAAUGGCCAAAGGAACCAAGCUGCAGAUGAUGGCAGAUUUGAUGUUAUAAGUAGCUCCCUGACUCAUUUUAAUCAGAAAUUGGUAUAAUACAGAAAUAGAAUUUAUAAGUGGCAAAAUAGUGGGAAAUAAGCCCUUAUAUAUUUUUUCAAGAAUAAAUACCUUUACUUUUAAAUAAUGGGAUGUACACAUUGGUGUGGGGUCAGGAUUAGAACUUUACCUGGGUGGCUUCCAGGUGGCAUGUCCCCACAGCAUGGUAAACGUGAACCAGAUCACUGGGGCUAGAGUUUUGUCACCUCUGCCACAGGUAGGUUUAUGUGGUGGCUCUCCCAGGGUGAGAAGCUUGUUAGCGAUGCAUUUUCUGUGGAAUCAUUAAGGAGGAGGCUAGCUCCCCUGCCCCUGGGUUCCAGCGCCGCUGAGGACCACCGCUGCUGCAUUGUGCUCCAUCUGCAGGGGAACAUUUCUCAAACAGUCGUCCCUGCUCUGAUGGUAAUCUAAAAUGCGAUGACAUCACACACUUGAAAACUUCUAAGACAUACGUGUGUAAAAUAAACUCAACUAGCCAUCCAUAAAGGUGAUGUUUUACACCUUGCAGUCCACGUGUUACUUGUGCUCCUGAAGUCGUGUGCAGCCGUGUAACAGAAUUCUGUGCAGUAUUAAAACAAGAUGAAGACCAGA